GACUACCGCGAUCAACCGUCAUCUCGCGGAACGUGGGUACGACGGCAACUUUACAGACCGCGGACCACGUCGUUGUUUCUGCGAGCGAGAGGAAAACGCGCGCGCGCGCGCGCGAAAUCGGGUGACACGGGAGCGAUUUCAUUCAGCGGUGAACGCGGACCAGUGUUUAUCGCGCUCGGUGAAUGUGGAGCAAACUUAUUUUCCAGUGACAGUCGCGUGGAAGUGCAUUCCAGGAUAACGGAUAGACGUUCAGCUGGAUCUUCGCGUAGUUGGACAUCGCUCGAAAAAGGAAUUUCUCGCAGAGAAGUGAAGCAGAGUAAGAGAGAAAGAGAGGGAGAUAGGAGGGGGAUAGUAAGACGAAGCAAGAACAACAGUGUCUGGUUCCUGUCGCUGUGGCAUCGCGGGGCACAAAGCGAGCGUGCACGCGGCGUACGCGCGCCGUCGUCAGUUCGUACUUGGCGGUUUCGCGGAGCGCGCGCGAUCAGCGCGACCGGUGAGCGAGAGCAAGAGGAGGAACUCGAAGACGAACGCGCCACUCUUUCGCGAAUUCGAAGCGCGUGAUUGCGCAGGCCGUCAGGCGACCGGCUGCGUGGAAGGACUGCCGCGAAGGAUAAAAAGAGACGGCCGGAGUGCGCGAUUCACGUCGUCCUCACCAUUCUCCCUCUCUUUCUCUCUCUCUCUCACUCACUCACUCACUCACUUCUCCUCUUUCUCCGUCAUUCUCCAGUCUCUCACUCUCCCUCUGUCCUCGUCCGUCAUUCCUCUCCUUUUUCAGUGGUGUCCCUCCGACACCCUCAACCUACCUCUCUACCUCUCUCUUUCUAUCUCCCUCUCGUUCCCCCUUCCUCUCUCGCUGAGUCCGCUAUCCCGUCCCUCUAGCGGUCGCUCGUUCUCGCUCCCUCCUCCCUCUAUCCCAUUUACCCUUCUCGCUUUCGCCCGCUGUGGCUGUCUCGCUUGCACUUGUGGGCCGCGUACCUCCGCCUUCCUAUCCGCCGAGCGGAGGACUGGAUUCCGUCGAAAAGAAACGACGAUUCGGAGGAUAGUUGCGACCGAUCAUAGCUGGCGCGUCGAUCGGAUCAACGAAGUGAACUAGCCACCGCGACUAACCGCAUCGCGCGUACCCCGACGACAAGCACCACGCAUCGCGCGCUGCGCGUGUCCGUGCCCUCCGACCUUUUUUCCGCGACUCGUGUGACACUCCAGUGUGCCGGCGGCUCGCACUCUUACUCCGGGAGGACCAUCGCCGCGCAGUCCCUACUCUAACUGUUAACGCGAGUGUGGCCACACAGUGCGUGCGAACUGUGAAAACUGUCAACGAUUGUCUACGGCGAAUUUUUUCGCGAAUUACCACGCGUCAAGUGUCCUCGCGACGAUAACGACACGUAGUCUGACAAAAGAUUGUUCGGAGGACUGCUCGGUCGCGUUUGAUCUUCAACCGCGUGUGACAGUGCGAGAGGUGCAUAUGCCGGCAGCGGACCGCUACCGCCUCCGACAGGAUCGAGUACAAUUGUACAGCCGCGACGAUAGGGCACGCGGGAGUGUCGUCGGCGCGAUCAGCACCCCGCAAGGGUGGCGUACACGCAGCAGAGAGGGUUCACGCACCCCCGUGUAAAGCGCUCGCUAUCCGAGCGAGCUGGUGAAAUAAAACGAAAGUGUGACAGAUUCACAAAGUGACUGCGUCUCACGGCUGAUGCCGCGGAUUUCUGGAACGAUGAUCGCGUAGCGGCGCACGACCAUCACGGCCCUGUGCGGCCGACACAUCAUGUCACAGUUCUCCUUCCGAGGAUCGCCAAAUCUACAGUGUCCUGUGACAGUGAGCGCGUCGUUAGCGCCGUCCUCGGUUUCACCGGCAACCGGUGUGAUCUUGACUGCGGGAGGCCCUUCUCUGGUUAGCAGCGUAGCCGCCGGUACGACGACGAAUCAUCCCCUGGACGUGACUGGUCUGUCCCAAGCGAGGAUGGCGGUGACGAGCGCGGUCGUGAGACCGCCCGGUAGUCCCACUACCUCGGUUAGCCCGUCCCAAGGUCAUCCACCGCCAUCAGCCGGUGGUCCCGCCGCGGCAAGAUGCUGCGACACCGGUCGACCGAUUUUCACGGAUCCGCUGACAGGCCAGACCGUCUGCUCCUGCCAGUACGAACUGCUAGGCGGCUAUCAGCGUCUAGGAGGCCUGCCCUCGGCCGCGCUCUCCAUGUAUAGCGCGCCGUACGCGGCUGCUGCCGCCGCCGCGGCAUCCGAGGGCAUGGCAGCGUAUUUUCCCAGCUUGGGUGCCGAACAAGCGACCUUCUACACACCCACGGCUGCCAGUCUGGACUUGAAAGAUAAUCUGGGAGCUGGUGCCGCAGCAGCAUGGCCUUAUCCUUCGGUAUAUCACCCCUACGAUGCUGCUUUUGCGAGUUAUCCCUUCAAUGGUUAUGGCAUGGAUCUGAACGGCGCAAGACGAAAAAACGCGACACGGGAAACAACGAGUACAUUGAAGGCGUGGCUAAACGAGCACAAGAAAAAUCCGUAUCCCACAAAAGGCGAAAAAAUCAUGCUGGCUAUUAUUACGAAGAUGACACUGACGCAAGUGUCGACGUGGUUCGCGAAUGCGCGAAGGCGUUUGAAGAAAGAAAAUAAAAUGACGUGGGAGCCGAGGAAUCGAGUCGAGGAUGAAGAUAACAAUAACGAAGACGACGAUAGUGGGAGGAAGAGCGUUGACGAGAAAGAUCGGUUAGAUUCAAAAGACUCAGGUACAGGUUCCAGCGAGGACGGGGAACGACCGGCCCACCGUUUGGAUCUUCUGCACGGCAGUAGUGGCGGAACGGCGGGCGUCCAAGGAAGAACAGACAGCGAAUGGAGCGAAUCGCGAGUGGAUAGCGGCCCGGACAGUCCGGAAUGCCUGUACGAUCAGCGGGAGCCGAGGCAUCCACUGCAAUUACAACACCCGGCGUAUCUGGCGCCAAAUCACGGUCGGCUGUUGCGUCAUCCGUCGCCGGAAAGCACGUCGCCGGGCAGUCAACAUCAUCAUAUACCGCCGAGCACCAGCGCGUCGUCCACGGGUAGCGCCGUGACCACGAAGCCACGGAUUUGGUCGCUGGCGGACAUGGCGAGCAAGGAUGGCGAUCAACAGAACUCGAAUUCAGUCACGAUGACGGGUCUCGCAUCUCCCUACAGCGGAACGGGUGGCGGCGGGGGCGGCAUCGGCAAUGGUGGCGGCGGUAGUGCGGGAGGCAAACUCGUCAGUCCUCUGGCCAGUCGGCUACCGCCUCAUCAUCCCCUGCACCCGGCGAUGCAUCCGGGCACGCAGUUCGUAAGACCGCAUCCCGACUUCUACAGAAACCUGUACGGCGCGUCUCAUCUUGGCUCGGGCGACAUAUCCCUACUGGAGACCUAUUCGAGAACUCUGGGCGGACUGGGCGGCGUAAUACCGCCGUCCACGGCACCGAGCAUACUGACGUCCUCGUCUUCGUCGAUCUCCGCUGCUGGUACCGUGAAACCUUUCUCGAUCAACGGAGGUGGCAGCGCGGUCGGCGGCACCGCUGGAUCGGCCGUUUUACUGACCACCACGUCCUCUGGACUAUCGCCGUCGUCGUCGUCGACGGCAUCAUCGGGCGGUUCCGAUCAGUCGCCUCAUCCGGCAGCCAGCAGUCUUCCCGCGACUCAGGAACUCAAGUCUCCCGGACGAGUGUGACUCAACGACGCGACCGAUCGCUAAAGAGACGCUUAUCGCGCGAGCGCGUACGCGCGCGCUGUGCACGGGCGUUUUGUGUGGUGUGGCUGACAAUAAUCAGAGACUACAAUCUUGUAAUUAGUGUACAGUAAAACGGGAGAUGAUGAGAUACUGCCCUUACUACCCGCUCCUCGUUCCUAGUCUUCUUUUUUUUUUUUUUUCAAUGUCGUCGUAAAUGUUCCUUUUUACGUCUCGGCCCUAAUUUCUGAUUUCCCAGUUUAUUUUCUAUAAAUCCUCACCCUCGAUAAAAACUCGUAGUACACCAACUACCCAUAGUGGUUACAUCGCGGUAUAACAGUACCACAACUAGCGUCAACUCGACAGUACUAUUACAUAUAUAAAUAUUAUAAAUAUAUAUAAAAAAAUAUACAAUAAUAAUUAUUAUUAUUUAUGCGUUUGUAAAUAGUAGAGAGAGGCCCAGUAGAGAAAUCGUCCGGCCAGUGUAUGUAUUGUAUGUAGAGUAGACACAAUAUUAUUAACACAUACCUGAGAUCAUAAUUCAUAUUAAUGACAAUUAUUAUUAUUAUUAUGAUUAUUAUGAUUAUUAUUAUUGUUAUUGCAAUGUUUAUAAUAUUAUGUCGAUUCACGCCGACUCGGUCGAGCAUGAUGAGGUAUGGGUCGUUAAUCGCGGCGACAGAUUGCGAGGGACGGCCGGAGUGUAUAGAUUCUUGGAGAUUGAUCCUUUUUUGGUUCCUCUUCUUGUAAGUAUCUAUUAUUUAUUUCGUUAAAGAUUAUUGGCUCGUGAUAAUUUUUCUUCCUUUUUCGCGAGAACGCAUACAUCGCCAACGAUUCGCAUCGAAUAACGUCGAUUCGCGAAUACGUGGCAUCGCUCGCAAUCUGCUGCGGUACACUAUUUCCGUCGCGUCCCGUAGCCGCGUCGAAAAGAAGCAGUCACUUCCGGCCGUCGAGAUCUCGGAGGACGAUUGUGAAGAAGUUUCGGUUCGCGGAGUCACACACGAAGGCGUGGCACAACGGCUGUCAACAUAUCAUGUCAUGUCGAGAGUGAACGAUCGCCAUCACCUUUUAGUCAUUCGUGUCAAAAAAUUUCACGCGAGCCCGCUGAUGUCGUGGCAGACAUUGGCAGACGAUGCGCAGACUGUGUCCUUUCGCAAUAAACGAAUCAUUACGGAA